CAAAACAUUCUUGCCUCAGUCACCCCUAACCUGAAAGAAGCUCCCAUUUAGGGUUUUGCAUCGUAGAAAACCCCGAAACCCUAGAAAAAAUUCACCCAUUCUCGAAUCUAGGGUUUCCAGAAUCUCUCACUUUAGCCAUGGAGAUUCCCCAGGAGGUCGUGAUAUCGGACGUUGGGAAGAGACUCGCCCAACCUCGCCUAAACAAGGACACUUUAGUCAAAUUACUCAGGCAAGCAGAAACUGCUUUAUCCGAGUUGGGCCAGUCCUCAUCACUAGAAGACGUGAUUAAGCCGUUAAUGCAUUCUCUAGUUAAAAAUAACUUGCUCCAGUAUAAAGAUAAAGAUGUUAGAUUACUGGUUGCUGUAUGUUGCACUGAAGCUCUCCGUGUCUUGGCACCUGAGCCAGGUUUUAGUGAUGAACUAUUUAAGGAUCUUUUUAGACUUAUUAUCAGUGUAUUUGAGGAUCUGGCUGAUAUCAGCAGCCCAUUUUUCACAAGGAGGUCAAAAAUAUUGGAGACUGUUGCUGCCCUCAGAUGUGGCACUAUAAUGUUGUACAUUGGUUCUGAGGAUUUAGUUCUGAAAAUGUUCGAAGUCUUCUUCAAUGUUGUGAAGCAUAGUCAUCAGCAAAGUUUGUUUCAGUCUAUACUGUCCAUUAUGACACUUAUUCUUGAGGAUAAAGAUCUUGAGGCUAAAGUUUCUUGUCGGCUUUUAAAUGUUAUCCUUCAGAACCUUUUAAAGGAUGAAAAGGGAGCUUCCUUUCGUCUUGCUGUUUCUGUCAUUCAAAACUCUGUUGGAAGGUUGGAGCAAACAAUUUGUGAAUUUUUAACGUCAUGUAUAUUGGAUAAGGGUGCUUCUGGAAAUGUACUGAAGAAAUCUUACCACAUGAUAACUUUGAAAAUCUUUCAAUGUGCUCCCCAGAUUCUUAAGGCCGUCAUUCCAAACUUGACUCAAGAAUUGCUAAGUGAUCAUGUGGAUAUCCGCUUAGAGGCAGUUCAUCUUGUAGGAAAGCUUUUUGCCCUAUCUAAGCUCAGUGUUGGUCAGGAAUAUCGGAUAGUCUUUGUGGAAUUUUUGAAUAGAUUCUCAGACAAAUCCCCUGAAAUUAGACUAGCCGCGAUAGAAUGUGCCAAAGCCUGCUAUAUGGCGAAUUCCUCUGCGAAUGAAAUACGUGAUAUUCUUACUGCUCUUGGAGGGAGGCUACUGGAUUUUGAUGAUAAAGUGAGGAUGCAUGCUGUACUAGCAGUCUGUGAUCUGGCAAAAUCUAACCUGUCAUGUUUUCCAUCUGAACUAGUACUUCAAUCUAUUGAACGGCUUCGUGACAAGAAGGUUUCUGUCAGAAAGUGUACCUUGCAAAAGUUGCUGGAGCUUUAUCGAGUUUAUUGUGACCAGUAUUCUAAGGGAUUCCUCUUAAUUAGUGAUCACUAUGAACAAAUUCCCUGUAGGAUUUUAAUUCUCUGCUUUGACAAAGAUUGCAAGGAGUUUAGGCCCCAUAAUAUGGAGGUUGUGCUUGCUGAGCAUCUCUUCCCAGCUUCACUUUCUGUGAGGGAAAGGGCUAUACAUUGGGUUGCUUCCUUCUCUUUUUUCACGCAUACCCAUAUUUGGGCUUUAAACUCCAUACUAUCUCAAAAGCACAGGUUGCAGAAAGAAAUGCAGGUGUAUCUGGAUCUUAAAGAAAAAGAAAAGGAGAAUGUUUCUGAAGAAGUUCACAAUAGAAUUCUAGCAUCCUUUGUGAAGAUGUCAACUGCCUUUCCUGACUCAUCCAAAGCUGCAGAGUGUUUUAAUAAACUGCACCUAAUGAAGGAUAAAAAUAUUUUUAAGGCAUUGCUGGAAUUGAUUGAUGUGCACACACCUAUGCUAACUGCCUGUGCCACUCAAGAUUCUUUUCUGAAGAGGAUAGGAAAAGAUCAUCAAUGUUAUGACUUUUUCAAAAUACUCGCCACAAAAUGUUCUUACUCAAUCUUCAACAGGGAACUUGUUCACCAUAUACUGGAAAAUUGCCUAUCCAGGGAAGAUGGCGAUAAAUAUGCGGAGGCUUCUGCGGAUCUUCUCCUUACUAUUGUGGACAUGUUUCCUUCCUUGCUUAGGGGAUCCGAAAAAUAUUUAUUGAAAUUGCUACUGGAGGAGUCUGUCUUACCAAUUGAGAAACUUCUUCAAAUUCUAGCCAGAGCAGGUCAUUAUGUUUCUAUUGAGCUCAGUGAUAUUUAUCCAUUGUUGGAGGAAAAUUGCCUGGAAGGAACACGUGCUCAAUCAAAAUAUGCUAUUUCUGCACUUGCCUCGCUACUUGAUGAUUUUGCUGAUCAUACCUUUUUGAAUUUAUGUAAGAAACUUGUACUUUCCUUGCAUGAAGGGAGGAACAUCCCGACUGUCUUACAGGCUUUGGGCUGUAUAUCAAAAUGUUCUUUUUCAACUUAUGAGUUAUAUGAGGAACAGAUAAUGGAGUUCAUUAUUGAGAAAAUUUUCUGCUCUUUGGAGGCUUAUUCAUCACAAGAGCAUUCUUCUGUUGAUAAGAAUUUGAUUUGCAGCUCGUCUUGUAAACUGAAGAUUUAUGGGAUGAAAAUGCUUGUUCAAGGUUUUCUGUCACAUAAAGUAGCACAUGCCAGACCACAAAUGAGGAACUUCUUGGACAUCCUAUUGGGCACCAUUAAGGGAAAUGGCAUCAUGAACAGGAGCUCCUUAAGUGAGGAUGAUGAGGCACAUCUCAGGUUAACUGCUGCAAAAUCUAUUCUUCGGCUUGCUACUAGAUGGGAUUUGUAUAUACCACCAAAGAUUUUUCAUUUGACAAUUAUGAGGGCAAGGCAGGAUCCCUCAUUUUCGGUACGGAAGUCUUUCUUGUGUAAAGUACAUAAGCUUUUGAAAAAUCAUGUACUUCCGAACAGAUAUGCCUGUUCAUUUGCAUUUGCUUGUUUGGAUUACCUGGCAGAUAUCCGAACUGAUUCAAUCAGGUAUCUCACUGACUUUAUAAAGGAUCACACCAAAGAUGAUCACAACCACCAGAACCUUUCAGUUCACACUGCAGAUGGAGGUGCAAUGACUAACUGUCCAGAGUAUAUUACAGUCUUCUUGCUCCAUGUUCUUGCUCAUGACAAAAGUUUUCCUUCUGAAAACUGUCAAGAUGAAGAUGCUUAUGCUGAGUUCUGCAGUCCAUUAAUUGUUGUCCUGCGAGCACUGGUUCAUUUGGACUCUGUUGAUAGAAAUAAGAUUGAUUCCAGUAACACACUAUCAUUUUUGCUGGGAAUUUUCCGUGCAAUUAAGAAGGCUGAGGAUGCUGUUGAUGUUGAAAUUACUCCAAAAUUGCAUACUCUUUCAGAUAUUGGUUCAUUCAUUGUGAAAGUGCUAAGUCAACGGUCCAAGCCUUUGUCAACCACUCCUCGUGUAGUUUUGCUGCCGUCAUCCCUUUAUAAAGUGUCCCGAGAUACAAGAAACAGAGAGGCAUAUACUCAUAACCAAAGGUUCCUGGAUGAAGCAUUUGUGAAAAAGAUAUUUGAUACUUUUGAAUCUAAUAUUGCUGGGCCUGCUAUUCCUGAUUCCAGACGUAUGAAAUCUCGAGAGAACACUAAAAAUUUGGAUUCCAUGAAGAACAGCUCAAACAAUAUGCCUUUGAAAAGACAAGCUGAUUCUUCGUUGGGUAAAUCAAAAAGGCAGGAUGAUACUUUCCAAAUUCACGGAAAGGGAGUUGAUGAAGUAAAAUCACAGAACGUUGGCUCAAAAGCGAAUCCAAUGAUGAUAGUUGUGGAUUCUUCAGAAUCACCUGUACCACCUGGAAGUUUCUCUGCUCAUGAGAGUACCGAUGUAACUCCUGAAUCUGAUAACCUGAUCCUUGUUGACACGGGGUUAUCUUCUUGUGGUUCUGCUAGCAUGAAUCCAUCACUUCCAGGUUCACUUUUGCCUAACCAAACUAAAGAAAAAGAGCACAUUCUGCAUGCAGCAAAAAAGAGAGAAAAUACAAGCAAUAUAUUUAUAACGGAACAAAUGAAAGUCACAAAGGGAAUUCCACACAGUUGCCUGAAAUCGAAGGUUGCUGGAGACAGUGGUGAGGAGCUAGUUGGAAAGAGGAUAAGAUUGUGGUCUCCUGUUGACUUGUGUUUUAGUUCUGGGACAGUUAAUUCACAUGAUUCACAAAGCAGUUCCUACAAGAUUACUUACGAUAAUGGGAAUGUCGAGCUCCUGCACCUGGCAGAUGAAAAGUGGGAGGUUAUAGACAGCAGGACAUCACCAGAUAAGGCAUGUGACUUUCAACCUAGAGAGUGUUUUUUCAGGAACGACCGUAAAAAAGAUUCCACUAAUGUUUCUAAAUCUGCAAAAGAAUCAAAAGAUGAAUCUCCUACAGUAUGGCUCGAUUCAUCCAGCAAUAGACACGAGGAUGCAAUGGAUGUGUUGGGCCAAAGUGAUUCUCAAGGCCAAUCGGCUAUUUUGGAUGAACUUAAUGGACGUUUUGAUCACAGAUGUUUCCCUUCUGCUGGUGCUAACAAUGGAAAGAGCAAAAGGUCAAUGCCUAAAGCUUCGCUAAAGAAAAGUUCCAAUAUAAAUAUAGUUGACGAGAACACAAGCAUGCUUACCCGCCGGAGCACUAGAUUACGUAGGGCGUAGGGCAUAGGCUUCAAUAUGCAAUAUCAUGUUCUAUAAGAUGAUAAUUGCAAUUAUCUUGCGAAGGAACGCUUCGAUUUCUCUCUCAACCCAUUCCCACUUGAGAGAAAGAUUGAGUUGCAGGAGUGUUGCAGGUUCAAAUGUUUGGCAAUCUGCUUUAGAGAUUUUCAGAUGGCUGGUUUAUAGAGAGAAAUCAAUGCAAAAGAGUAAAUUCCUGUGACGAUGGUUGCAGGCUUUUGAGAUCCUAAAAUAUUAUUUGUAAUUUGUUUAGGGCUGAAGCUCCUGAUGAAUCUCUUUGUAAAAUAUAAACCAUCUCCUUGUAAAUAAGCCUGUAAUAACAAAAAAACUCAUGCAGUACAUCAUUUAUUUUAAGUUCCAGGCUCA